UACAAGAAACUCCAAUUAAAGCAUGGGAAACCAAACGGAAACGGAGGCGGCACCGGUUCCGAGAGUGGCGGUAGUGGUGUGCCUGAUCAAAGGGAAAACGGUGCUGUUGGGACGGCGCCGUUCCUCCCUUGGCGACUCCACCUUUUCCCUCCCCGGUGGCCACCUCGAAUUCGGUGAGAGCUUUGAGGAGUGUGCAGCAAGAGAAGUGAAGGAGGAAUCUGGUUUGGAGAUUAAGAAUAUAGAGAUGAUGACGGUGAGAAACAACGUGUUCCUAGACGAGGCCAAGCCAUACCAGUACGUGGGGAUUUUCAUGAGGGCAGUUUUGGCAGAUGAUGAUCAAGUGCCCCAAAAUGUGGAGCCAAACUUCUGUGACGGAUGGGAUUGGUACGAAUGGGACGCUCUCCCCAAACCACUCUUUUGGCCUCUGGAGAAUGCGAUUCUGGCCGGAUUUAAUCCUUUUCAUGCAUGAAAAAAAUAUACAUAGCAUGUAUGUAUGAAUAAAAAAUGAAUGAAAUAAACCUUUAACGUUUCACUACCAAUUAAGGAAAGCAUGCAGUUUGAUUGAAGAAAAAUUAUUGGAGUUGGAUUGGAUAUAUAGGCU